AUGGCUUCCCAAACCAACGAUCCUCGCCUCUCAUCGGCGGCGAGGCCGUACAAACCGUCGGUCGUCGCUCCGCAGGACGCCCCCAUCGAUUACUCCGGCUUCGUCGCCGUCAUCUGCGGCGUCUUUGGUGCUAUGUUCCGGUACAAGAUCUGCUCUUGGCUCGCGGUGAUAUUCAGCGCACAAUCGCUUGCUAAUAUGAGGAACAUGGAGAACGAUCUCAAGCAGAUCUCCAUGGCCAUGAUGUUUGGGAUCAUGGGAUUGGUGACGAACUACAUGGGGGUGGGACCUCGGCCGAGCCCCAAAAGUUAG